AUGAUCUCUUCCCUUCUCCGCGCCCGUCCGGCCACCCUCGCCCUCCGCGCAUCCGUCGCACCCGCUUUCGCUCGCCCCUCUUCGAGCGCACACGGCCAGGAGACAUUCGAGUCCUUCAGCGAGCGCUACGUCAGCUUCUUCCAGUCUGCCCAGGAUCUGUUCGAGGUCCAGCGCGGCCUCAACAACUGCUUCGCGCACGAUCUCGUGCCCUCCCCCGCCGUCGUCGAGUCUGCCCUCCGCGCCGCGAGACGCGUCAACGACUACUCGACCGCCGUCCGAAUCCUCGAGGGCGUCAAAGAGAAGGUGGAGAACAAGCAGCAGUAUGAGUCGUACUUGGAAGAGCUCAAGCCCGUGCGGGAAGAGCUGGGCAUAAACACAAAAGAAGAGCUGUUCACAUCAUAG